GAAUCAGUUCAUAACCUUUUAAACUGUUGAUGCAUGUCCAAAGAAUGGCCGGAUUCAAAUUAAUUCAGAAUUAUUCAUCUUCUGAAUCAGAUGAAGAUCAUGAUGAAAAAGAACUACAAACAGAUUCAAUUAUCACUAAUAUUCCACCAUCUAACAGUAAACAAUUGCUUCCUCUUCCGGAUAAUUUCACAUUGUGGACAGUAAAAAAUAACACCAAUUCUAAUACAUCACCAUUAGAUAUCACAAAUGAUAAUGAUGAAGAGACAGAACAACAAAAACACGAUGGAAGAAUACGAUCUUUCAAACAUGAGCGUGGUAAUUGGGCGACACUUGUUUAUAUUGAGUAUGAACCUGAUGAAUUAUUACUCAAAUGGAUGAAAUCAGUACAGGAAAAGCUUCCAGUUGACGGUAAAUUGAUUAUUGAAAAUAGUCAUAUAAGUCUAACACGUACUUUAAUUUUCAAAUUUCACUGGAUUGAAUCUUUUGUGGACAGUAUGAAGAAAAUAUGUCAAGCAACAAAUCCUUUUAUAAUUGAAAUGAUAAAUGUUAAAUUAUACUGUAACGAGGAACGAACUAGAACUUUCAUGGGUAUUGAAUGUCAAUGUUUGGACCCAAGUUUCACCAGCUUGAUGAAGUUGUUGAAUAAAUUAUUAGCAGAAUACCAACUUUCUUCAUUCUAUGAAGAUGCUUCGUAUCAUAUUAGUUUCUUAUGGGUGCUUGGUGAUAAACAGAAUGAAUUACAACCUUACAUAGCAUCAUUGAAUGAUGAUUUAAAUGAAAUUCUUAGUCAAGAUUUAGAAAAGAAUUAUAUUCGAGUAUCAAAAUUACACUGUAAAAUAGGAAAUAAGAUAUACAUAUUUACAUUAAAA